AUGGCCAAGAAUGAUCCCACCCCGACUCCCGAGAAGGACGUAGCAACUUUGACAGCGCCUGUGCCCGUUCCCGAGCCCAGCGCCCUCGAAACAUCUGAGACUGAAGAGCCUGUGCCCGCUCCCGAGCCCAGCGUUCCUGAAACAACAGAGACAACAGAACCAGAUGAGGAGGCCUCGGCAUCCGAAACAGCGUUCCCAGAUAUUCCCUCCACUAAGCCUCCAGCCAAGAAGAGAAGGAAGAAAAAGAAGACGAAAGCAGCCUCUCCCCCAACUAAGCCUACUGCCUGCCAACCACCUUCCACUGCUCUUCCACCGCCGGAGUCACCCCCACCAGCCCCGAUGGAGACCACCGAGGAAGCUCCCACCGACGCCGCACCUUCCAGGCUCUUUUUAGGGCCAGCAAAUAAUGAUGUGAAAUCAGCUAAAUUCCUGAAAGUGCUCCUUCGUGGCCUCCCAAGGGACUUCGACCCAGACCUAAUUUCCCUUGAAUUAGGGAAAUUAAAUAUCUAA